UGCCGGUGUCAUGCAGCAUGAGGCAGCCCCGCGCCUCCUCCCUGCAACACUUGAAGACACCUCACGAAGGCGAGUGGAUCAGACACGGGGUGUGGGAGGGCAGAGCCUCAUUCCGUACAUCUGGAAUGUGACAUCCGUGGAACCAUCGCUGUGUUAAACUCCGGAGAAGCGUGCAGUGGGCAGGGAGGAACUGGAAGGCAUGGGAUAGAGGAUGCCCACAUCCUGAUCACACUCACCCCUGUCCUCUGAGUGCAUGACCAUGGCUGUGCCAGCACCGACGCUUAAUGCAGAACACGGAUCGGUGGGGCACACUCUCCGUGGAUUAAUCACCUGUGGAUCUUAAAGCCUUUGCGGAUCUCCCCUUCUACUCCUGCCGGGUUCUCACAGAUCUCACAGGCUCGCUGCUUGCUUCAAUUUAACCUUUGCUCUGCCACGAGGGAGGAGGAUGCUUCCUAGCUUCAGGUUGAUAUAUCAGUGUGUGGCUACUGUGUGUGUCAUCUUCUUCCUCCUGAUUGUCCCAUCUUUCAGCCAGGUUCAGAGGAGUCCGUAUUACAGAGGAGAGGUCAGCCUCUUUGGCCCUGAGCACAGUCCACCUCUGAGGUCCAGCAAUGAGUGGAGUUCAUGGCAAAGCUGGUCACCAUGUUCCCGAACCUGUGCCGGGGGAGUAGCAGUACGCACCAGACAUUGUCUCGUCAGGGAUCCAACGAGCUUGCCCUGUCAUGGGGACCAAAGACAAUACCAAGUGUGUAACACAAAGGUCUGCCCCACAGAAGUGACCGACUUCAGGCAUUUUCAGUGCUCUGCUUACAACCACAAGCCUUUAAUGGGAAACUACUACAGAUGGGUCCCCUUUCAUUCAGGACAAAGCGACUGUGAGCUCAGCUGCUUGGCACAAGGGCAAAAUUUCUAUUAUAAUUUUGGCCGGGUUUUGGAUGGAACAUCGUGCAGAGAAGAACAUGAUGGCAUCUGCAUUAAUGGCCAGUGCCUGAAAGUUGGCUGUGACCACAUCUUAGGAUCAGAAGAGAAGGCGGACAUCUGUGGUGUUUGUGGAGGAAAAAACGUAUCGUGCAGACAUCACCACAAUAUCUACACUACAAAGUAUCCCGCCUCUGGGCUCUUUGGAUACAACGAAGUGACCAUGAUCCCUGCAGGUGCUACACACAUCAAAGUGACCGAUAAGAGUAACAAUUACCUGGCUCUGAGAAACAGAAAUUAUCACUACAUGAUCAAUGGAAAUUGGGCCAUUACCCAUCCCGGAGAUUACAAUGUAGCUGGGACCAAGAUUCAAUACCGGCGGUCUGCUGACAACCAAGAAAGCUUUGAGGCAACAGGGCCUACAGAUGAGGAUCUGCAUGUUAUGGUCCUUUUUACCGAGCAGAAUUUGGGCAUAGAAUAUGAAUACUGGCUUCCUAAAGAUUACUAUAUUCAACACCAAAGGGACCGAAGCUCGCUACAAGACCAGGUGGAAGUGUCUCUGUCACCUGUUCUGCCAAUUACCACCCGGCCACCAACAACUACAAAACCAAGUGCACAAAGACCAACAACACUGGCAAAACGUCCACAUCAGGCCCGCCUCGAAAGGGAGAACAUGGAGUCCAACCUCAUUAAAGAAUCAACAGCAGACAAUAAAUGUGGAAAGUGCAGAAAAGUCAAAGGACGGCAAAACAAAAUCAAGCAGUAUUGUCAGAAGGACUUUGUUUUCCGAGGAAGAGUUUUGAACAAAAGGAUUGUCGGAAGGGAAACAUGUUACGAUAUCCAAGUGAUAAUGACAUACAAGAACAAUUUCCCUAUCCUGAGCCGGGAGUACAUCUGGGUCCCCAACACUUGUGAUUGUCCAAAUCUUCUGGAGAAAAGGGAAUACAUAAUAAUGGCGAGGAGGCAUGUUAAUUACGAACAGACACUAAACAGGAUAUUGCUGGAGACACAUAGUUUUGUACGGCCUUACAGACCAAAGGAACACAAGCUGUUAAGGGAUCUUGAUCAAGAAUGUGCCAAGUAUGGAUACCAAAUAAAUUCAAAGCAGAACCUCUAAGUCUUUCUAAGGGAGAUGGUUGCAUAAGGACGCCAUAAAUAACACUUUGCUUAACUACCUACUGUCUGCCCCACUUGGAACAGUUUGGUAAAGGAAUGUGCCAGUGAUGGUUCCAGGGAUUAACCCUGCUAAUGCCAGGUGAAAUCAUUCUUUGUUGACCAAGGCACCGGUUGCCCAAUUGACA